GCCUGUGUACUGCGCCCUCUAGCGGUUCUCUUCAUAUCCGCAAUGCAACGUUGCACAACCGAGACCAGAGUUACGAAAGCGGCGCUACGAGGAAUUCCGCUCACGCGCUCGUGAACGUGAGCGAACUGUAGAGUAAAGUAGAGUACAGUAUAGAGUGUCAGUCAGUGUGUUCAGUUCCCCGUAGAGCUUCUCUGCUGUAGAAAGUGUUCCUGCGGCUCCUUAGCAGUUGCUACGCACUGGACAUUGAAGGAAAUUGAAAUGUGUUCCGCGCCCCACACCGUCAUCUGCCUCCUGCGGAAUGACUUACGGCUCCACGACAAUGAGGUCUUCCAUUGGGCUCAGAAGAAUGCACGAUACAUUGUACCGCUGUAUUGCUUUGAUCCUCGAAACUACCUGGUAACCUUCUGUUAUAACCUGCCCAAAACUGGCCCCUUCCGCCUUCGUUUCCUUCUCGACAGCCUGAAGGACCUGAGGGCCACGUUGCAGAAGAAGGGCAGUAAUCUUUUUGUGAGACAGGGAAAGCCCGCAGAAGUGAUCAGUGAACUCAUCAAGCAGCUGGAGUCAGUCAGCACAGUUAUUUUCCAUGAGGAGGUGACACACGAAGAGCUGGAGGUGGAGAAGGAGAUACGGAACGUGUGCUCCCAGUUAAAGGUCAAAGUACAUAGCUGUUGGGGUUCCACACUGUACCACAGAGACGACCUCCCGUUCAGCCACAUCUCCAGGCUACCUGAUGUCUACACCCAAUUCAGGAAGGCGGUAGAGACGCAAGGUGAAGUCAGGCCAGUCCUCUCUACCCCAGAUAUGCUGAAGCCUUUCCCAGCAGGAUUAGAGGAAGGUUCCAUUCCAGCACUGAAGGAUUUGGGACAGACAGAUGUGCUGGAAGAUCCCCGGUCAGCCUUCCCUUACCAUGGUGGAGAAAGCCAGGCCCUUGCCAGACUCCAGCAUUACUUCUGGGACACGGAUGCUGUGGCACGCUAUAAGGAAACACGCAAUGGUUUAAUUGGAGUGAAUUACUCAACCAAAUUUGCACCAUGGCUGGCAAACGGGUGUAUAUCACCUCGGUUCAUUCAUGACCAGAUUAAGAAGUACGAAAGGGAAAGAGGAGCCAAUCAGAGCACAUACUGGGUCAUAUUUGAACUUCUUUGGAGGGAUUUUUUCAGAUUUGUUGCAAUGAAGCAUGGAAACAAGAUUUUUUCUUUAAACGGUCUUCAAGAUAAAGCUUUACCUUGGAAGAAGGACAUCAGCCUCUUUAAUGCAUGGAAAGAGGGCAGAACAGGGGUGCCAUUUGUCGAUGCCAAUAUGAGAGAACUUGCACAGACUGGAUUUAUGUCUAACCGUGGCCGACAGAAUGUGGCUAGCUUCUUCACCAAAGACCUGGGCCUGGACUGGAGAAUGGGUGCAGAGUGGUUUGAAUACCUCUUGGUGGACUACGAUGUGUGCAGUAACUAUGGUAACUGGCUCUACAGUGCAGGCAUAGGAAAUGACCCUAGAGAGAACAGAAAAUUUAAUGUGAUCAAACAAGGACUCGACUAUGACAAUAAUGGGGAUUAUGUGAGGCAAUGGGUUCCAGAAUUACAGGGGAUAAGUGGCUGUAAGGUCCACACGCCCUGGACACUGAGCAAAGAUGUCUUGUCCAAAGGUCAGGUGACCCUUGACAAGACCUAUCCAUUUCCAGUUGUCAUGGCUUCUGAGUGGAGCCAUCAUGCCAACCAAAAUAUGGAUGUUUCAGGACCUGGUCCAAGAGGAAGGAGAGGCCUUUCACAUACUCCAAAACAUUAUGGCAACAGGGGGAUAGACUUCUAUUUUUCAAGAAACAAAAAUCUGAAAUGAGAGACAGGACACUUUUCAUAUUGAAAAUGUUGUUUUUGAAAGCAUAUAAUGUGGCACAGAGUCUUCCAUUUAAAGGGGUCUUUGUAGAAAAAGCAAAUUGUUUACUUAAAUACAUUGCCUUAAAUUGCUUAGUUGGCUGCAAGCAUGCAGCAUUUUUCUCUGUUAAUAUUUCAUCUCUGAGGGAAAAAUAUCAACAA